AUGACUACAGACUAUGGUGUUAUCGGCCUCGGCAUUAUUGGCUACGGCAUAGCCAGCAACCUACGCAAGAAACUACCAUCCUCGACAACUCUCUAUGUGUUUGACAUCAACCAAGACUGUAUCCAACGGCUGAUCACCGAGUUCGGAAGCUACGGAAGAAUUGAAGUGGCUUCCUCAGCGAAGGAUCUGGCUUCUAAGACUCAAACGAUUCUAUCAAGUCUGCCCGCUGGUCCUCACGUAAAGAAAGUCUACUUAGAUCCCGUGGAUGGCGUCAUUGCAGCCUCAAAGGAUUCGGACCGACUUCUGAUUGAAUGCAGCACCAUCGAGAUUGAAUUUACCAAAGAACUGGGAAAGACAAUCUUUGACGCCGGAUUGGGUACCUUUGUUGACGCCACGGUCUCGGGUGGGAUGUGGGGGGCAAACGCAGGCACCUUGUCCUUCAUGGUUGGUUAUGCUGAACCUACGGACACCGACUUAGUUGGCAAGCGUAUCUUUGAGACCCUGUCGCUCGUCGGUGUCCCGAGCACCAUCGCGUUCUGUGGCAGUCUUGGUAUGGGACAGGUUGCCAAAAUUGCCCACAAUUAUAUUACCUUGGCGAACAACCUGGUCGCGACUGAAGGUAUGGCCAUUGGGCUAAAGUACGGAAUCGACAAAAAGGCCCUUUUUAAGUGCAUUAGGGAGGGGACCGCCAAUUCGUGGGUGAUGGGCCUAGAGCAGCCCGUCCCUGGUCUUGUACCUGAGGCUCCGUCCAGCAACAACUACAAGAGGGCAUUUGCUCCUGCACUGAGUGUUAAAGAUCUCACGAUUGGCAUCAAUGCGGCGAAGAAGGUCGGAAUCAGUCCGAGUGCAGGUGAGGCUGCUAUCAAAGCCUUCCGAGAGGUUGAUGCCGACCCUCGUACCCAUGAUCUCGAUCACACCUCUCUUUGGCUCCACGUAUAUGGUAACCUGGAUGAAUGGGCCAAGGAACACCCGCGCUAG